ACUCAACAAGGCAUUCAAUCGGCAGCCACCUUUUCCGGCUUCCUCCCUCCCCCAUCUUUUAUAAACCAGCGCAUUAAACUGCUGGAGCUAGAGCUAGAGACCCCAACCCUUUUCCCUGUCUCUUCUUGGCUUCCUUGCUUGGUGGUCUUGCUGGUGUGCUGGAGAGCAAGAUGGGUAGGGGGGCUCGGCCAUCUGCAUCGCUCCUGCUCUUCUCUCUGGGGCUUGUGCUCCUCUGCUUCACCUCAGGAAGCACCGUCAGGCUGGCCGAGGCACAGAAAACGUGGUGCAUGGCGAAGCCGUCGUCGGACGAGAAGGUCCUGGCGGCCAACAUCAACUACGCGUGCUCCAACGUAAGCUGCGCCGUGAUCCAGCCGGGCGGGCCGUGCUACAACCCCAACAACCUGCUCUCGCACACCUCCGUCGCCAUGAACCUCUACUACGCCGCCAACGGCCGCAACUCCUGGAACUGCUACUUCGCCAACUCGGGCAUCAUCGUGAAGUCCGACCCCAGUUACGGUUCGUGCACCUACUACUGAUCUUCCUCGCCGAAGUCGAGCGAUGCAGAUGGGUCGCAGUAGGUUCUUCUUAUGUUUAAUUGGUCGACAAGCUGCGUGUUGCUGUGAGCUAACUAACUGCUCCGGCAUGAUGCUUAAUUGGUUGAGGUGCAGAGUAUGCAUUGGUGUGGGUUAACUGUUAGUGUUUGUUGCGUGUUGUUGUUGGAGAUGUCCAUCCAUUCACUGAUAAAUCUCUCUCCAGUAGGGGACUUAUUAAUCCAUGUUUGUCCCGUUAUUUA